ACAAACAAAAAAAGCAACAGAGGAGUUGAAAGAGGAUUUGGACAAAUAGAAAGACGAGAAAUUUCUCAUCUUUCCCGGUACAAUUCCCAGCCUCCAAGAAUUCAAUUAGAUCUAUUUUACAUCAUUUCUGAACCCUAAUCCAUUGAGCUUGACUCGGUAAUCUCAAUCUCCAAGCUCAAAAGUCACGGAGAUAGAGAGGGCACAAUCUCAAUACGGGGGUAAUGGAUGAGAAGCAGAAGUUGGUGGAAGAGGAGGAUCGGGAAAGCGAGAGCGCUGACUACACGUCCGAGGACGAAGGAACUCAGGAUUACCGCCGUGGUGGCUACCAUGCGGUGCGAAUCGGUGAUACGUUCAAGAAUGGCCGUUAUGUUGUACAAAGUAAGCUCGGUUGGGGCCAUUUCUCCACCGUAUGGCUCGCUUGGGACACGCAAAAAUCUCAUUAUGUAGCUUUGAAGGUACAAAAAAGUGCUCAACACUAUACUGAAGCUGCUAUGGAUGAGAUAACCAUCUUGCAACAGAUUGCCGAAGCAGAUCCUGAUGAUAAGAAAUGUGUGGUAAAGCUUUUGGAUCAUUUUAAGCAUUCAGGUCCAAAUGGACAGCAUGUUUGUAUGGUUUUUGAGUACUUAGGGGAUAACCUUUUGACCCUUAUCAAGUAUUCUGAUUAUCAUGGAAUGCCCAUUCAUAAAGUUAAAGAGAUCUGUUUCCACAUUUUAGUGGGUUUGGAUUAUUUGCAUAGACAGCUAUCGAUCAUACACACUGAUCUUAAGCCAGAGAAUAUAUUGUUAUUGUCAAUGAUAGACCCAUCAAAGGAUCCAAGGAAAUCUGGUGCUCCUCUUAUUCUUCCAAAUAGUAAGGAUAAGACUGUAGUGGAAUCUGUGAUUGCAAAACUAAAUGGGGAUUUGUCGAGAAAUCAAAAGAAAAAGAUACAAAGAAAGGGUAAGAGAGCAGCUGAAGGGUGUGUGGAAAAGGAAGUUUCUGUUGCAGCUGAUGCAGAUCCUGAAACAUCUGCUUUAGAGGAAUCAUCUGCCAAUGCUAAAAUAAAUCUGGGUUCUGCUGAAGAUUGGCCUACUACUUCUGACAACACAAAUAAAGUACUUGAUGCUGAUGGAGCAAAGAGCGUUGGGUUAGAAGAUCAGGGUAAUAAGAGGGGAAGCCACUCCACAAGGUGGAAACUGCUGGCAUCAGUCGACCUUAACUGCAAAUUGGUGGACUUUGGAAAUGCAUGUUGGACAUACAAACAGUUCACAAAUGAUAUACAGACAAGACAAUACCGUUGUCCCGAGGUCAUACUUGGAUCUAAGUAUUCUACAUCAGCUGAUCUUUGGUCCUUUGCUUGCAUUUGUUUUGAGCUUGCAACUGGUGAUGUGCUUUUUGACCCCCACAGUGGUGACAACUAUGACAGGGAUGAGGACCACUUAGCAUUGAUGAUGGAGCUUCUUGGAAUGAUGCCGCGCAAGAUUGCCUUAGGUGGCCGCUAUUCUCGGGAUUUCUUUAAUAGAUAUGGUGACUUGAGGCACAUACGUAGAUUGCGUUUCUGGCCCUUGAAUAAAGUUUUAAUGGAGAAGUAUGAAUUCAAUGAGAAGGAUGCACAUGAAAUGACUGAUUUCUUGGUUCCUAUUCUUGAUUUUGUUCCUGAGAAGCGGCCAACAGCUGCACAGUGCCUUCUUCACCCAUGGAUCAGUUCAGGCCCUCGUCUCUUAGAGCCAUCUAUGCCAUCUCGUCAAAAUGAAGCCUUGGAAGGUCCACAGUCCGAAAAAAAGGAGAAAGAUGAGAGGGAAGCAAUGGAAGUAGGAAUUGGGAAUAUUGCAAUCAAUGCAGAUUCUAAAGCAGUUAAAGAUUCUCCAUCUGGUAGUAAAUUUUCCAGGACAGCCACAACUAGCUCAUCUAGGUAGGACUCUGGCCUAUGGGACUAGCAACAUACCCCUCCCUAUGGUCCAUGUGCUGUUUUUUGCAACAGCAGCUGGUAUUCUGGCAAAGGCAUGAUUACUUCAGGCAAUGGUUUAAUCUCAAUAUUAAAUUUUAAAUGAGGAAGGAAUGGGAUGGACGUCAAGUGGGUUUGAUGUCACUGCCUGUAUCGGCGGAGCAUUAUCUUUAAACAGAAAGGAUACCAUGGGAGAAUUAUCAUUCAAGAACAACAAUUGGGGUGUACCUCAUCCAUCCAUGAGGAAUUGGUCCCAUGAAGGCUUUGCUACCAACUGUGCCUGCGAAGGUUGUUCAUUUUAUGUAAUCCAGGUACCGAUUACAUCUCUGGUAUCUGGAACUAUAGAUACAUUACUUAAAUUAUAUAGAUUUUUUGCAUUCAGCAAAACUAGUUUUAUUUUCCUCUUUAAUAUCUCACUGGGGACUUGUUGCAUCUUAUGUGUGUUCAGAGGAUCACAAGUUUCCUGAUUCUCCAUGGAGUUUUGUGCUGUUCUUAAGAUGAGCAAUGUACAUGUUCUAUUAGAAUGUCAGGGUGGGCAUAUACAUAUAUAUUAUAGAUUCAUUUAGUGCCCAAUUCUGGAAAGCAAGGGCUUGUAUUUGCUCAUGUCAUGAAUUAGCACAAUUGGGUAUUAUUGUGGGGGUGUCUUGCAGGAGUUGUUUUCUUGUAAUAUUGGCUAGAGUAGAUUACUUGUCAUUUUCAAUUA